AUGUCCAACUUUGACGUGGAUAUUGGUGCAAUGGACGAAGUGAUAUUCAGACUCCAAGGCAUAGUUAGCGACAAGAUGCUACCACCAAUGGCAAAGCCUGCUUCAACGGUCAAGCAACAACCAUAUUUACGUACCACCAUUGCUAUCACGGGACUCGGAGACAUUGUGUUCAAUAAGGUGAUGGAAAAGCUAGAAGAAGUUUUCCUCCGUUUUGCAAACAAUUUUCCCGCGGACAGCGUCAGCGGCUAUGACCCAGUUCUUUACAAAGACACGGGUUUUCAUCCCCUGGUCGACCCUGAUAACGUGUUGGCAUCCAUGGUAGGGGACAGUUUCAUCCACGCAAUCGAUAACAAGGUACAGUUUCUUUGUCGGGAGAUACUUCCUGACGGAACAGCCAGAUAUUAUUCUUAUAAUCCUGCCUCCAUACGAAUUGGAGACAUUGUCGAGAUCAGUGUUGCCUUUGUCGCAUUUCCUGCCCAAGGAAACAAGUACAAAUUUGUUGUCGCUCUUUGCGGAAUACUUGUCUUGGACCAGGAGGCAAGAGAGGUAAGCAAUGUUACAUUGAACAGUCUCAUAGCCAUUCAUAACUUCCAACAGAAAGCUGAUAUUCUCAGAAUGCGGUCACGCUAUACUCCAGCGAAAAGACAGGUUGCUGUUUUGUGUAGGACAAAGAGGCAGCUGUACAAAGGUCAGAUUGACAUUGAAGACACGCAACAGAGGAUGGCACAUAUGCGCUUAAAUGAGGACACAGUCCACAAUAGCAAUACUAUGUCCCAAGAUUAA